ACUCAACGUCUCCUAAUACUACUUUCUUCAGAAACUGAGUCCACGCCCAGCAAAAAAAUCCGGCAGAAAUGUUUUAGAUGCCAUCCUAUUAUGACUGUUGCUAUGAAUUUAAUUUCAGAGGCACUGGGAUCACAGAGUCAGCAUGCUAGAACAAAGAAAGAUCAGCAAAACUUAGAAACCAAAUUUCGACUCUAUACAGAUACAACUGAAGAAGGCUGUCAGAUCUUUUAUAAUCAGUUGGAGACUCUUGACAAAUGCAGUUUCAACGCCUCUCUUCCUCUGGUGAUGAUAGUCCAUGGCUGGUCGGUGGAUGGCGUGUUAGAAGGUUGGAUUUGGAAAAUGGCAGCAGCUCUGAAGUCUCAGCAUAAACAAAUUAAUGUGAUCAUUGCAGACUGGCUUACAUUUGCUCACCAGCACUAUCCCAUUGCUGUACAGAAUACACGCUACAUAGGACAGGAGAUAGCAGACUUCCUGGAAUGGCUAGAGGAAUCCAUUCAAUUUUCCAGAAGCAAUGCUCAUCUAAUCGGGUACAGCCUAGGAGCUCAUGUUUCAGGAUUUGCUGGAAGUUACAUCAGCGGUACGAACAAGAUUGGAAGAAUUACAGGCCUUGACCCUGCUGGUCCCUUGUUUGAAGGAAUGUCACCAACAGACCGUUUAUCUCCAGAUGAUGCAAACUUUGUAGACGCAAUUCAUACAUUCACUAAACAGCACAUGGGUCUCAGUGUUGGCAUCAAGCAGCCUGUGGCCCAUUUCGACUUUUAUCCCAAUGGAGGCACCUUUCAGCCUGGCUGUCACAUCAUGCAUGUGUAUAACCACAUCGCACAAUACGGAAUCACUGGCAUCACACAAACUGUGAAGUGUGCCCAUGAGAGGUCAGUUCAUUUGUUCAUCGACUCUCUGCUUCACAAUGAUAAGCAAAGCACAGCAUACUGGUGCAACGACAUCAACACUUUCAACAAAGGAAUGUGCCUCAGCUGUAGAAAGAACCGGUGCAACACACUGGGCUACAACAUCAGGGAGGAAAGGCUCCCAAAAAGUAGACGACUCUUUUUGAAAACAAGAGCACAUAUGCCUUUCAAAG